UGGAGUCCUGGAGCUCACACAUACUUGGAACUGCAGCCAAGGGGAGAGCAAUGAAUACUGUUUACCCAAAUGUACCUCUUUCUGCCGAGGAUGUUUCAUUGCAGGAGCCUCCUAAAUACAUGUACCCCGGAACUCAUGCCACCACAGCUGCAGGGGUUCACAACAGCAUUGUCCUCCAAGCUGAGCCCCCAAAGGACCACAUCAUCUGGUCCCUCUGCUGCUUUUUGUACUCCAACCCACUGUGCCUGGGACUGGCAGCUCUCAUCUUCUCCAUCAAGUCCAGAGACCGGAAGGUAGUUGGAGACCUGGAAGGCGCCCGUCACUAUGGCGCCACUGCUCGCUGUCUCAACAUUGCAGCCACCAUCAUAGUGUGCCUCACAGUUAUCAUUGCCAUUGUUGUCGUUGCUGUUACUGCAAGUCAAAUGUCAUCAUAUGUGCACAACACCUAUGGUAGACGCAACCUAUAUUCAUCGUAUGGUUCAUGGAAUUAUGGAAAAUAAGUGAUGUCUUCAACUAUAUCUUGAAAUUUGCUCUAAGUUUAGGGAUGCUGUUUUGAGAUUUAACUGUUUCAAUCCCCUUUUUGAAAAGAUCAAACACAGAAAUGUAAUUUCAAACCUGUUUUACUCUCUCUCUCUCUCAUAAUCUCAAACUAAUACUUUUUGUUACUCUUUGCUAGUUUUUGUUCUUGCUAUACUUUUUUGCUGCUGAAUCCCUUAAGUUUCACUUCAGCAGAGCCACAAACCCGUCUAUGUGACAGAAUGAUUGCAGAACACGUUUCUUAUGGCAAGUACGAGAUAUAAUCGAGGCAAGUCUUGACUGGCAGAGACACGUUUUCCUUAUAUAAACUUAUUUUACUUUCACUUCUUCUAAAAUGAAUCUAAAUUGGUAGAAGGUCAAGGUGGGUGUGGUGGGGAUUUUGCCUAAAGAACAAGGAUUCUUCUGCUGUUAAGAAAGUGAUAGGAGGGUGAGAGGGUUUAGUAAGAAUCAAAUCUGACAUUUUACCUCUUUAUUCAUGUGUGUUGGAAUAAGAAUAAAGAAGAAAUAAAACAAGGCUAUUUGGAUGUUAAGAAAGAGACAGUUUGGAGGUUGAGGGAUGUUUUUGUGUAUUUGUAUCAUGUAAACAACACUUGUGUUCAGCUACAAAUGAAAAAGCUUAUUAAAAAAUGUUAACAGCGUG